UACAUACGCCUAUUCGGCCAGUUUAGUGAUUGAAUAUUAUUUGAGGAGCUAGCUUUGUUCAGAUUUUGUAAUCUGAUAUGUCAAGACGUAUAUCUAAAUCCAAAUCCAAGGCCUUGUACUUGUACAAGAAUGCUGCUGCUGUUGGCAUUCAGAAACUUUCAUUAUCGGCGGCACAGUUGAGGACGUCUGCAACUCGGGCUUCCUGCACGGACUCGGAAGAAAUUUCAGAAGGCGAAGACUGGUACGCUUCCCAUAUCAUCCAAGAUAAGGACCUUCUUCGCAAGAGCCUCCACAAUUCGGGAACAGGGCUUCAUGUUCUGGACUUGGUUAAUCGCGGUUCUUUGGAAGCGGACCGGACUCUGUACAAUAAGUUGCUAAACAGAUGUACCCAGAUGGGCAGACUUCAACAAGCAAGAAUUGUGCACGCUCACAUCCUUACUUCCCACUUUAAAGAUGACCUUCCCAUCCACAACACCAUCCUUAACAUGUAUGUCAAAUGCGGUAGUUUGGAAGACGCUCGUAACCUGUUUGAUCAAAUGCCUUGCAAGGACUUGGUCACUUGGACUGCCUUGAUUUCUGGCUAUUCUCAAAAUGAUCGACCUCAGGAUGCACUUGUUUUGUUCCCUCAAAUGCUCCUCCGUGGCCUGGAACCCAAUCAGUUCACCUUGUCUAGCUUGUUCAAGGCUGCUGGUGCUGUGUCUGAUGAUAACAACGAGCACGGCAGGCAGCUUCACACUUAUUGCCUUAAGUACGGUUUUGAUACCAAUGUUUAUGUGGGCACUUCUCUUGUGGACAUGUAUGCUAGGUGGGGCCAUAUGGAUGAAUCCCAGUUGAUCUUUGACUCUCUGGAGACCAAGAAUGAGGUGUCUUGGAAUGCUUUGAUUGCUGGGCAUGCCAGGAAGGCUCAAGGAGAGCAUGCUCUCAGGUUGCUCGGGAAGAUGCUCAGGGAAGGAUUUAAACCCACACAUUUCACUUAUUCUAGCGUCUUUAUUGCCUGUGCCAGUGCAGGGUCUAUGGAGCAAGGCAAGUGGGUUCACGCCCACAUGAUAAAAUCGGGUGCUAAGCUUGUUGCUUUUGUCGGGAAUACUCUUCUUGACAUGUAUGCCAAAUCAGGCAGCAUUGAGGAUGCAAGAAAGGUUUUUGACAGGUUGGUUAGACAAGACAUUGUUUCUUGGAAUUCUAUGCUUACUGGAUACGCCCAGCAUGGGCUUGGACAGGAAACUGUACAGCGGUUUGAAGAAAUGCUGAGAAUUGGAAUCCAACCUAAUGAUAUAACCUUUCUUUGUGUUCUUACUGCCUGCAGCCAUGCUGGUCUCUUGGAUGAGGGACAAUAUUAUUUUGACUUGAUGAAAAGUUACAACAUAGAACCGCAGAUUUCACACUAUGUGACAAUUGUUGAUCUUCUUGGCCGUGCAGGUCUACUUGAUCGAGCUGAGAAGUUCAUAAGAGAAAUGCCGAUUGAACCCACUGCAGCUGUUUGGGGAGCCUUGUUAGGUGCUUGUAGGAUGCACAAGAAUAUAGACUUGGGCGCUUAUGCUGCUGAACGAGUUUUUGAGCUUGAUCCCCAUGAUUCAGGCCCCCAUGUGUUACUUUCUAAUAUCUAUGCCUCUGCUGGCAGAUUGAGUGACGCUGCAAGAGUGAGAAAGUUGAUGAAAGAUUGUGGGGUGAAAAAAGAACCUGCUUGUAGUUGGGUGGAGAUUGAGAAUGCAGUCCACAUGUUUGUGGCAAAUGAUGAUGCUCACCCUCAAAGAGUAGAGAUCCUUCAGAUGUGGGAGACGAUUAGUGGGAAGAUUAAGGAGAUUGGAUACGUCCCAGACACUAGCCAUGUUCUUUUCUUUGUGGACCAGCAGGAGAGGGAAGUCAAGUUGCAGUACCAUAGUGAGAAGCUUGCUCUAGCAUUUGCGCUUCUUAACACUACUCCAGGAUCCACCAUUCGGAUCAAGAAGAACAUCAGGGUUUGUGGUGAUUGUCAUUCGGCAAUCAAGUACGUCUCAAAGGUGGAAGGGAGAGAAAUCAUUGUGAGAGAUACAAACCGGUUCCAUCAUUUCCGCGAUGGCUCUUGUUCUUGUAGGGACUAUUGGUAGUGCUAAUUGCAUGUGGCUAGUUGCAUUGCAUACAAAACUAAUCCUUUACCUGACUGUUCGUGUUUGGGUCCUUGUGAUUCAUGUGCUUGUGAUCUGUGAUGCGACAGUCUUCCUCUUUAAAUUGAGAAGAGGAACUUGAGCCUCCCAUUCUGGAAGCAACUUCACAUUAUUUGCCCAACUGUAUCUGUGAGCUAUGCGCAGCAGAGGAAAAAUGUGUGCCUAAGUGCUGUGAGAACAUCGAGAAUGUCAUAAGGACAGAUGAAAGCUUCGAUGGAAGUUUUUAUUUAGUGAAGAAGAUCAUGGAUUACUACCUGACCUGUGAGGUUUCCACAUACGGUAAGCAGUCAGAGGCGAAAACCUAUGAAGAGCCCUCCAAAAGAUGAUGAAAUUAUUCAAUUUAUCAGAAAAGGAUCAAAUUAUAUCCUUUGGCACAGUCAUGAUAUGCAGAAUUUCUUCUAUUGAAUACAAUUGAGGGCAGACUAACAUUUGUUGAAUACGAUUGAGGAUAUAUUCGCUCUUUUCUCAUUGGAUGAGAGCAAAAAUUUCAAGCUUCCAAUGUAAUAAUUGUACAAAUUUCUGGAAAUUUCAGUUAGAGAUCACAUCACAGUGGCAAUGUAGAUAAAGUCGGUCAUAUCCUACAUUGUAAAAAAUUUCUUUUCUUAGAUAUUUGAAUUCGUCUCAACCGGAGCAUUGAAAAGUCUACUGUAUUGGAAUUUGGAGGUGAGCAAUGCCCGAGUGACAGAAACAAUAAAAGAUUGUGAUAGUUCUCUGCUGUCUGUCACUAAUGUGUAGCAAUGUUGAACAAUACGAUAGAAUGAAUGAAGGUGUUUUCUUUUUGUUGGAAUAAAUGGAUUGAAAGCCGAAAAGUGAAAUGGUAUGAACUAAACUUACAUUGCUUGCUUGGGGUGUUUAUGACGUGGCAAAACUAGUGGAGACAAAACGGAGGAAGAAAAAGCAAGGGAGAAAAGGAUGUGGGGGUGGAUGCCUUUGCCUGUGGUAUUUGGAAGUUGGAAACUGAAAAAAUAGAGAGGCGAGAGAGAAAGGAAAGGAACGCAAAAAGAGGAACUAACCCAACCCAUCUGUUUCAUUUCAUUCUUGAUGGAGAGAGAGAGAGAUGGGCGGGUAAAAGGCGUGAUGAAGGAGUGUGUCUGUGUGUGUGGUUAGAGACGGUUUAGCUUAAAAUCGCGUAGCGUGUGAGCAAAACUCUUUUGUAAUCAUCAUUCUUCAGCGGACGUUUCAUACAUUCGACAGCUCCAGAUAUACAAACUGCCUCUGCCAAAGCCCAAUACAGGUUACAGGAACUUAUUAAGGCUUUCAUUAUAUAAAUGGAGCGUGACAGCAAGAAGAGAGUAAGAGAAGGAGACGAAGGCCACAAUAAUUCUUCCCCUUCUUCUUCUUCUUCCUCUUCCUCUUCUUCUUCUUCUUCAGAGAGAGAGAAGCAUGCAAAGACAAAAGAUGGUCCCAUUAAUUAUGGUAUUUUGGACUUGAAAAAUGACGUCCUCGAAUACAAGGACAGCAGCAGCAGUACCAGUAGCUGUUGUAAGACAUCAUCAGAAUCCCACUGCGCAUUAGGAGUAUUUGAUUUUCCGUGGCUGAAAGAUGGUAUAAUCUCCCAAUCGGAGGAGUGGAUUAAUUUUGAGGACGUCUUCUCAUCACCAGUACUGGCACUGGAUGACACACCCACCUUUACGACUAGUAGUAAUCCUGGUCAUGGUAUAAGUAUUGAUGAUCAAUUUUCUUUCUCCGCGGCAGGGCGGUGUUUCUAUCAGACUCAUGAUCAAUCCGAUCAUCAGGAACUACUCCUAGACUUUCCUCCAGCUAAGGACAAGCUUGAGGAAGAUGCAAGGCCAAGUCCUCGAGAUCUUAAUCAAGAUGAUGAUGGCUUGGAGAAUGAGGGUGCGGAUUGCAUUUGGACCUUCCUGCUCAAUCAGCCCCUUCAUCAACAGCCCAUCUAAUUAAGUUUAUAUUAUUAUUAUUAUUCUUAUUAUUAUUAUUAUUAACUGCGCGUUAUGUCACAUAAACAGAAGAUAAACUUGGGCAUGUAAAUGCAAUGCAAGUGCAACAAGGGGGGUGGAUAUGUAGCCAGAGGCAGACCCAGAUGGGACUACUUACCAAAGGAUCGAUUACUCACUCAAUAUUGUGUAAAGGUAGCCAGCCACCCACCCGUCUCUCUCCCUCCAUCUCCUUUUUCCUUUUUCUUGUUUACACUCCUCUGCCAUUUGUGUUACACUUUUGUGAUUUAUUAUUGUCCAAUUAAUUCAUAUUGGGUCUCUUGCUA